AUGGAAAACCCAAUCAUUUAUCGCGACUCUUUCCACUCGCAGUCGUCAUCUUCAUCCUCAUCUAGAUUCUCGCGACUGCAUCAUCAUCCCAUGGAUGUUUUCAGAAGACUAAGUUCUAAGCGACCUUCCGCAUCACAGACACAGGCAUCAAAUUGUCAGUCGCCUACCGACCGGAGCAACAUCGAUCGCAACAAUCCAUUUGCCACAACCACCCCCACUCGGAGACCCCGACCAAUCGAAGCGAUGGGAGCACCUCCGCCAUAUUCGGCAGCGCCUUUCAAUCCAGCAGAUCUGGCCACACCCAUUCAAGUUUCGGAUGAUUCGCCAUAUGUCUUUCUCCGCGAAUUUGACACGGUCUUCCUGAUUGACGACAGCGGCAGUAUGGCCGGUCGCAGCUGGAGAGAGACCUCAGCAGCCAUCAGCACCAUUGCUCCGAUCUGCACAGCUUAUGACGCUGACGGAAUUGACAUCUACUUCUUGAACCACCGCAAUCCACAUUCACAUCUCGGUGGCUACACCAAUGUCACCACAACCGAGGCUGUCCAGAAUCUCUUCCAGAGCGUGCGUCCACUUGGAGGCACACCGACUGGAACGAGACUGAACCAGCUCCUCAAGCCUUAUCUCGCCCAAGUGGCUGAAUUGGCGGAGCGACAGGCGCACGGAGAGGAAGCCACGGUCAAGCCAUUGAACAUCAUUGUCAUCACCGAUGGAGUGCCCAGUGAUGAUGUUGAGUCGGUGAUUGUCAAUGCGGCCAGAAAGCUCGAUUCCUACGGCGUGGAGUCAUGGCAAGUGGGGAUUCAGUUCUUUCAGGUCGGCCGGGAGCCUGAAGCCGCAGAAAAUCUCAGAGAAUUGGAUGAUGCGUUGUCCAGCACCUACAACAUCCGCGACAUGGUUGACACUGUCCCAUGGACCGGAGACGAGGGACAGAGAUUGACGGCGCAGGGAUUGCUCAAGGUUUGCCUUGGAAGCGUCGUUCGACGACAUGACAGACGAUCUGUCUGA